AUGGGCCUCCUGGAAUCAAGGAGCCUUAUCGCUGAAACCGAUGAAGCUAAUGGCAGAUUUGAGGCAGUAUUGGCAGAGUUGCCAUAUUAUACGCAGCUAGUGAUCAAGUAUUUGCCCCUACUGAACAAUGUUUGUUCACAAUUGCUACAAAUACUCACAGAAAAUUCACUACAGGUAUUAAUAAAUACUGUGUUGGGAGCUCCUCUUCGUACAGACGAAAGCCGGUUGUUUGAUGCCCUUGUGGAUGCUUUGGAACAAAUUAAAAUGAUGUAUGGAAAUGCUUUACUUCUAAAUGUGUCAGAUAUUGCUCCUGGGAUAUGGUUUCCAGGGGGGGAGCCUCCUUCGAUACUUCAGGGAUUUGAAUGUUUUAUUUUGACGACAAUACGGAAGCACAAUUUGGUGGUUUUCAUACUCACGCUGCUGGGCAAGUUUGACUAUGGGUUCCAGUUCUUAAAUGACUGUUUUAUAGAGGUUUUCUGUCCUAGCAACAGCUACGGCAGCUUGGAGAUGGAUAAAGACAAUGUCGAUAAUGUUCAUGAGAGUAAUGGUUCUGGCUAUACUUCGACAUCUUUGAACUCGAUGUUUGGGGGGAAACUACUUAAAACACAUACAGUUUUAUAUUUGAACUUAAAGACCCAGGCGUUCAUAGCUGCACUUGAUGACACUGAAGUUCCUGCAGAUCGGAAAGAAGUUCUUGAUAACCUUUUCCCUCAUGAUAUGACCUCAUAUCUGCAAAUGAAAAGUAGCGAGUCGAUACAAGAAUUUCAGCUCACCUCAAGUGAGAGGGACUUCAUUACAAGGUGUCAGCGCAGGCGUGAAGCUCUCGAGUCCAGCCUGACACUUCGAGACACCAUGGAGCGUUAUCGUUGGUCGGACUUCCUCCGCGAUUUCCUUGCCUAUGUAUCUAAAAACAUCGGACUACUGGUGUUCGGCAAGCGCGGAAAGGGUGCUUCCUCCCCAUUCGCUGAACCAACAGAAUCGGCACUCAAUACCCUGAAGAGCAAUACGGUACAGCACCCCAGUAACGAAAACACCGCGGAAUCGUCUCCAAUUCCUAAAAACGGCGCUCCCGCGAGUCGAUCUACAACCCCAUGCCAAUUGGUGUCAGCGGCCGGGAAUAGCACUCUACCAACUGCUACGGAAACCGCUACACCUUUCACGGUCCUUAAACCCACCAUAAGAAAGAAGCCGCAGCAAAAACGCAUGUGGGUUAAGGAAGAAGAAGACGUCUUGAUAUCAGCACUAAAAAUGCAUGGGCCCUCUUGGUCAAAAAUCCUCGAGCUCCAUGGUGCUGGCGGCUCGAUCUCUGAAACUCUUAAAAAUAGAUCACAGGUACAACUGAAAGACAAGGCCCGUAAUUGGAAAAUGCACUACCUAAAAAAUCGCAUCCCGGUUCCAGAUUAUCUUUUAAAAGUUACAGGGAAUCUUGAGAGGGAAGAGAAGUUUAAGCAACGCUCUAAGGCCAAAAGAAAAGGAAAACGCCUGUCCAAUAGCUCUACGAACAGUCCCCUUGCAUAA